CAAUCAAUAACCAAGGUAACCUGUGACACAGCACAGCAGGUGGAGCCUCUAUUGCCGUCUGACUAUAUGGCUCUUCAGUCCCGGGGUUCACAAGAGAAGUAGUAUAUUCAGUGGAGUUUUCAACUGACUUCUGGACACAGAACUUCAGCCAUGAAGAUAAUGAACAUCUUUCUUCUUAGCGCCUUGGCCUUGCUCAUUUUGUCUGGCAAUACUACAGCUUCUCUUGGAAGAAAGGCUAACUGUGAUCACGCCAUGGCUGGAUGUCCCAAGCUGUAUGAUCCUGUCUGUGGGACCGAUGGCACUACAUACAGCAACGAGUGUGUACUGUGUGCUGAAAAUAGGAAGCGCCAGACUGCUGUCCUUAUCAGAAAGUCUGGGCCUUGCUGAGAACCAAGGUUCCAAAAUCUCUUAAGGUUACCAGAAGGUUGGCUGGCCUGAUCAUUGAAUAAAAGCAUCUGAAUACGC